AUGGCAUCGCCGGCGUCAGCUCCAGCAUUCGACGACCCCUUGUCCUUGUCGGCGGCGGGUUCAGGGUCAGCUUCGACGGAUACGCUUCGAAGCUCAGCUUCUCCCCUCGCCCGAGGUGCGGGCAGACACUACUUCGACCUCAAGGCAAUUAGCGAUCAGCAGGCUUCUUCCUCGUCAAGGAGUCGACAAAAUAGCAUUCAUGCUGGGCAGAGGCGCGGCGACGUCGAGAAUGCCGGGCAGGAGGAGGACGACGAGGGCGAGGACGAGGGCGAACGAUCCGGUGCCCUUACACCCACAUCAGCUCCGUCCCUCUCCUCUCGUAUGCGGCGCAAUCCCAGCAGACCACCCUCGAGAUCGACUGAUAGAGCGCCUUCGACUUCGAGACCCUCCUCGCCAAGCAUCGCUCGUCCUCCCCCCUCCAUCGCCACAAUGUGGUCCCAAGACGCGCAUAUAGACAGGCACGACGAUGUAGACGCGAAUGAGGAGGAGAGUCGCUCCUCUUGGCUCGCUCGCCUACACAAGAUGCCAGACACAGAACUAGCAGAAGCGACGACGAUCAGAGCCUCGAGCAGCAGUCAAGGCGCCCUCCUCUGUCGAGAGCUUUCAGCAGCACUGUCAGAGAGCACUACAGAGGUCAACACGCUCAACGAAGCCCUCGAACGGCUGACCCGGCAAUUCGAAGACAAGCUAGAGCUACAGCGGCGGACGUAUGAGACGAGGGAGAAGGCUAUGCGCUCCGUCUGCUCGCAGCAUGGCGUGCCCACUGGGGCGUUGGAUAGGGCUAUCGCUCGAGCUGUCGCUGAGAUGCCCCGCGUCUCCAUGAACGUCGGGGAUGAAUCCGACUCGCCUGCGUCGAGGACAUUGCGCGUCCCUUCGUCCUCGUCCUCUACCAGUCGACCAAUCUCAACUCUCACCACCGGCGGAGGAGGAGGGGAUCGCAGCUCGCGCUGGAUCCAAGCGGCCGAAGCAAACGACGAGGCGUCGCCUAGCCUGCCGUUCUCCCUGCAGGAGGCCAUGCUGGACGGCCUGACCGGCAGUGCCAGCUCGACCGCGACCACGACCACGCGCACUAGAUCGAGCACCAAUCGCUCCGAGUCGGCGUACAGUGUGGCCACCACCAGUGCCAGUGGCAGCAGCAUCGUAUCGCGUCGCCCCUCGUCCGCGGCUCGGAGGCCGAGCGCCAAGGCGUCGGAGGACCUGAUGGCAUGGCGUACGCCGAACAAGGACAGCAGGAAGGCGUCGGCUACCACGCAGGCCACGACGAAUGCUACCCCUACCCUCGAGGGGGGAGGUGGCAGCGCGGAGGGGGAGAGCGCUUUCAGCUUUACGAGUGCGAGUAACGGCGAUGCGGCGAAAGGAGGGGGAGAGAGCACUCUGCGUCACCAGCCCUCGGCGGGCUCCGUCGCCUCGACUAGCUCCGCUGCAACGAGCAAUAGGAGUAGCAGCAGCAGCUUUCUCACCAGUCUGGCCUGGAGGCGCAAGAAGCCCUCUCCUGCUCCUGGUCCUCCGCCGCCCCCCGUGCUACCUGCUUCAUCGACGAUCAAGGCAUCCCGAACUGCACCACCUCCCGCAGCCUCUGUCGCUCCACCUGCCGCCACGCUGGGUUCCCCCCCACCGCCUCCACUCGCGCGCACCGCCUCCGGCUCCUCAGGGGAUGUGGCUGCCGUCGCAGUCGCCCUCGCUCUCCACGAAGCGAUCGAGGACUCCCCGCCCACGAGCAAGCAACUGAACCUCCCCCACCACCCGCACCCGCCACAUGUCAAGGCCCUCUUCCUCGCCACGCGAAUCAUGGGACCGGACUCGUCGAGCUCAAACCUUCUGGCUGACCGGGGGAGGAAGGUGUCCGAUAAUGUGGCUAGUAUGGCGCAACGACUUGUAAGGAACGUGAGGGAGGAGGAGUUGGAGGUGAGGGAGGGGGAUGCAGGAGGGACACAGCAGCACACGACGACGACGACCAGGCGAUUAGGCUUAGGGAAGGGGAUGCCUGGCUCAGGCCCGACCUCGCCCCGCGUAAUGUCCCCCAAACAGCGACCAGUCAGCAUGGCUUUUCAGGCCGCCUCGGCUAUCAUGGACGCCGCCAGCGCCCCUGCGAAGGAUUCGUCAAGCAACGUCAAGGCCACGCGCAAAGGGAAGAGCAACGGCAAGGGCAAGCCACAUGCCCCCGCGACGCCCAACGUCACCCGCGUCCCGCAACUGAGCGGUAGCGGAAGUCGGUUGCCCUUUAGUUCAACCAAGUCGCCGCGGUUCGCCAGCGUGGGCACCGACGCCAACGCCGAUGGCAACGUGGAAAGCGGGGCCCGCCCCCCCGUCGAGCUGGAGAGCAUUGUCCCCCUCGAAGGUAAGCCACCCACCCUCGCUCUCCGACCACGCGCGCCCAAGGCUUCACGAGGGCCCCUCGGCGGCGGCGCCUUCCCCUCUACCUCCGAUGACGACGAGGCGUCCGGCGAUGAAUUCGAAGUCUACGGCGGGAAGUCUCCCUUCCACCCUCAACGUGACCGUGACCAGCCGAUCGGUGGUACCUCCUCGAAGGGUGCGGGCGCGGGCCUGGGCAAUCUAGAUGAUCGAGCAGUUGACGUCUUCGGCUUCGUGUACGAUGCGACGCCUUCUGACGUGAGGCUGCUUCGCCAAGCGAGGAAGGCUAGCACGCCGGCGCCGGCUUGUUUGACUGGGGUCAGGGUUGGGGUUGGGAGGGAUGAGGGGGAGGAGGGGGAGGACGAUGAGGGUGAGGGGGAUAGCGGCAGUGUGGCAGACGCCAACGCGGAUGGGAGUGUCAGGAGCACCAGCGCGACGAGGGAGGAGGACGAGGAUGCCGCCAGCAGCUUUACUUCCCAUUCGCGCAGCGAGACUGCCUCGUUGCAGGAGCUGCCGCCUGUUGAUUGGCGGGAGGACGACGAGGGGGAUCAGCAGCAGGGAGGCGCGCCGCGACGCAGUCGAAAGCGUCUCUUGGGAAAAGCUUCCCCCGCCCCUCCCUCCACAGGGGCUACAUCGCUCGUCGUUUCCCGUUCGCGAGGCGACGGACCUACGAGCCCCGAGGAGGAGAGGAGAGAAUUCCAGCUUUUCGUGGGCGGGCAAGAUGAUGCGGAGCGUGCGGGGCGAGGAGAGGACGUGGAUAAGGGUAGGCAAGACAAGCAGCAGCAGCAGCCCAAAGCCAUCUCGGAGACGAUCAAGUCUCUUCUUGACCAGCUCAAGCUCAUGCACGCGCAGCACCAAGCGGAGCAGAUGGUUCAAUGGGGCUGCUUCCUUUCGGCACGAAAUCUCGCCAUGCGACGUGGCAGCUCCACAAUCAACGGUGACGUCGACGGCGCAGCUCAUGGCAGCGGUACGGGCGGGGACGAGUACCAGUCUGGCCUGGUAGGGUAUCGCACCCUCUCCCCCUCGGAGCGUCAGCAAUUCGUACGUCUAUGCGAGUCUGGGGUGCCUCUCUCGCUCCGGUCCAAGGUGUGGCACGAGUGCAGCGGAGCGAGCGAGAUGGCCGAGCCUGGCCUGUAUCGCGAUCUGUUGGAGGAGCAUUCCGCCUCCCUCGCCAUCAGCGGCGGCGGCGGCGGCAACGGCAAUGUCAACGAUGACGUCGGACCCAACCCUGCCCUCAUGCAGAUCGACCUCGACAUCCAUCGCACCAUGCCCACCAACAUCUACUUCGGUGGGGACGGGCCCGGCGUCCCCAAACUACGUCGCGUCCUCGCCGCUUACUCGUACCACAACCCCACCAUUGGGUACUGUCAGGGCAUGAACAACCUGGCCGCCACCCUCCUUCUCACCCACGCCGAGGAAGAGGAGGCCUUCUGGGUCCUGGCAUGCCUUCUAGAGCGCGUUGUGCCUGAAGGGUAUUAUACGAGUCAUCUGGUCACGAGUCAGGCGGAUCAACGUGUGUUGGUGGAGCUGGUGAGGGAGAGAAUGCCCGGCUUGAUGGGGAGGAUGGAGGCGUUGGGCGUGGACCUGCCCGCUGUCAGUUUUGCUUGGUUCCUGAGUCUGUACACGGAUUGUCUGCCCGUAGAGACCCUCUUCCGCGUUUGGGACCUCCUCUUCGUGGAGGGCAGUAUCGUCCUCUUCCGGGUGGCCCUGGCCAUCCUGAUCAUGAAUGAGCGUGACCUCAUUGCGACGGGUUCGCUCGCUGAGUUCUAUGGGAUGGUGCAUAGCAUGACUUCGAGGUUGUUCAAUGUGGAUCGAUUGGUGCAGCUCGCCUGCCACGAUCUGCGCAACGUGGUGACCGAGGAGAAGAUCGAGGCCAGGCGCAAAGUCCACGUAGCGGAUAUACGGGCCGAGCUUGGUCUCGAUGAGGAGGCGGGGGGCGAGUGA